AUGCCUCCCCCCUUCGCAGCGGUGGAUGCCAUCUCGCAGGCGCUGGAGGAGUUUGAGCUGAAGAAGGCGGCCGCCCGGGCCGUGACGGGGGUCCUGGCCUCCCACCCGAACAGCACCGACGUCCACGUCAUCAACCUCUCCCUCACGUUCCACGGACAGGAGCUGCUCAGCGACACCAAGCUGGAGCUCAAUUCCGGCCGGCGAUACGGACUCAUCGGCCUCAACGGCACUGGAAAGUCCAUGUUGCUGUCUGCCAUCGGGAAGCGGGAGGUGCCCAUCCCUGAGCACAUAGACAUCUACCACCUGACCCGAGAAAUGCCUCCCAGCGACAAGACGCCCCUGCAGUGCGUGAUGGAGGUGGACACAGAGAGAGCCAUGCUGGAGCGGGAGGCCGAGCGCCUGGCCCACGAGGAUGCAGAGUGUGAGAAGCUGCUGGAACUGUAUGAGCGGCUGGAGGAGCUGGAUGCUGACAAGGCGGAGAUGCGUGCCUCCCGGAUCCUCCACGGCCUGGGCUUCACCCCCCUCAUGCAGCGCAAGAAGCUCAAGGACUUCAGUGGGGGCUGGCGCAUGCGGGUAGCUUUGGCCAGGGCUCUCUUCAUCCGGCCCUUCAUGCUGCUCCUGGACGAGCCCACGAACCACCUGGACCUGGACGCCUGUGUGUGGCUGGAGGAGGAGCUCAAAACGUUCAAGCGCAUCCUGGUGCUGAUCUCCCAUUCCCAGGACUUCCUCAACGGCGUCUGCACCAACAUCAUCCACAUGCACAACCGGAAGCUCAAGUACUACACAGGCAACUAUGACCAGUAUGUCAAAACUCGGCUGGAGCUGGAGGAGAACCAGAUGAAGCGGUUCCACUGGGAGCAGGACCAGAUCUCCCACAUGAAGAAUUACAUUGCCCGCUUUGGCCACGGGAGCGCCAAGUUGGCCCGCCAGGCCCAGAGCAAAGAGAAGACCCUCCAGAAGAUGAUGGCUUCAGGGCUGACUGAACGGGUCAUCACCGACAAGACCCUUUCCUUCUACUUCCCUUCGUGUGGCAAGAUUCCUCCACCAGUCAUCAUGGUGCAGAACGUGAGCUUCAAAUACAGCAAAGACGGGCCCUGGAUUUACAACAACCUGGAGUUUGGCAUUGACCUGGACACGCGGGUGGCCCUUGUGGGGCCCAACGGGGCCGGAAAAUCGACACUUCUCAAGCUCCUCACGGGGGAGCUUCUGCCCACGGACGGCAUGAUCCGCAAGCACUCGCACGUCAAGAUCGGCAGAUACCACCAGCAUUUGCAAGAGCAGCUGGAUCUGGACCUCUCCCCCUUGGAGUACAUGAUGAAGUGCUACCCAGAGAUCAAGGAGAAGGAGGAGAUGCGAAAGGUCAUUGGCCGCUACGGACUGACCGGGAAGCAGCAGGUGAGCCCAAUCCGCAACCUCUCCGAUGGGCAGAAGUGCCGCGUCUGCUUCGCCUGGCUGGCCUGGCAAAACCCCCACAUGCUCUUCCUGGACGAGCCCACCAACCACCUGGAUAUCGAGACCAUCGACGCCCUGGCCGAUGCCAUCAGCGACUUUGAGGGGGGCAUGAUGCUGGUCAGCCAUGACUUCCGGCUCAUCCAGCAGGUGGCCCAGGAGAUCUGGGUGUGUGAGAAGCAGACCAUCAGCAAGUGGCCCGGCGACAUCCUUUCCUACAAGGAGCAUCUCAAGUCCAAGCUGCUGGAUGAGGAGCCAGCGCUCACCAAGAAGACCCACAGCGUCUGAGCCUCACAGCAGGCAGGGUGGGGGGUGGUUGGGUCUUUCCCCAGAGACUGGUAAACCCCCCACCCCACCCAACCCUCCGGGGUCCGAAA